ACACGUCUUGUAAUACAAAUGCGUGUCAAACGGACCUAAUUCAGAACAUGCCUUACCUUUAAAAAAAAAUUAAAAUAAUAAUAAUAAUAAUAAAAUGACCAUAACACAUCCUGUUGUUUUACUAUAACAUUGCUGAGUGCGGCUCAUGUUUCACACACACACACACAAUAUAUAUAUAUAUAUAUUGACCAAAAAAUCAAAUAAAAAAGCAUGGUCUUUCCGUCCUCAAUUGAAUGUCUUUGAGGCGCAGGACGACCUCUACAUCCCAGAAGCGUCUUCUAAAUGUGCUGAAUGUGAAGAUCAGGAGAACCGCACAUUCAGUUUUCCUUCUAUCGAUGAGGGUGACGGUAGAUGGUGUUCGCGUCCUUGGUGUCAAAGCCAGUGCUGUGGUGUGUGUGUGUGUGUGUGUGCGUGUGUAUGAGAGAGAGCGAGAGAGAGAGAAAGAGAGAGAGAAACGCGCCAUAUGCAGCCUUUUAACACACACUGCAUCACCUGCCGGACGCGGACGCACCAUCCAGCUCACUAACACCAAAAAAGCGCGCCUUGAAUUUCAUUUAAAUUAUUAUUAUUAUUAUUAUUAUUAUUAUUAUUUACAUUUUGUUUCCAUCAUCUUUAUUUGUCACUUAUUAUCAGUGCUGACUCAAGGAGGACGACUGGUCGCUUUAGGAACCGUGACGCUCUGACAUGGAUUUGAUGGAUCACCUCUAGUGCGCGCGUCCUCAAAGUGCGCCUUGUAUAAUUAUAAUAAUAAUAAUAAUUUUUUAAACCCCCCCCCCCCUUCCGGAUAACGUUCUUUCCAAAUUUACUUUGGAGAUACUUCUUCUUCGUCUUGUCUUGCACCUGAAGAGCAGCGCGGUGAGACAGCACGAACAGCAGUGUAACGUUAAGGGAGCACGUUUCUCCCCUGAAUGUGCUGACGGAGAGAGCUCAGGAUGCCCCGCGCGCACUCCCAUCACGCUGCGCACCGCGCUUCAUGUGCUCGGAGAACUGAAUUCUGAAUUAGGAAGUACUGCGUUUGAAGUUUUCGAGUUGAACUCCGAUCCCUUUUGUCGUCGUGAUCAUGCCUGUGAACGCCAUGCCGAGAGCAGGGGGCGGCUCUCUGAGUCCGGCGGCGCUGUCCCGCAGCCUUUCCCGGCUCAGGGAGCUCCGAACGCGGACUCGCCUCAUGCUGUCGCUCGGUGUGGCGCAGAUGGUGCUCGGGAGUCUCAUUUUGGCUGUGAGCUUCGCCGCUUUGGCUCUUACUACCUCUCCCAGAGUCAGGCAUUCCUGUCCUUUCUGGGCCGGCUUCUCGGUGCUGCUGUCAGGUCUGAUUGGAGUCGUGUCAUGGAAAAGACCUCUCUCUCUGGUGAUCACCUUCUUCAUGUUGCUGUCUGCAGUCUGCGUGAUGUUGAACCUGGCGGGCGCCAUCUUGUCCUGUCAGAACGCUCAGCUGGUCAACUCUCUGGAGGAUUGCCAACUGAUAAAGUUCGACAGUGACGGGGUGUGUGUUUGCUGUACGCUCCAGCACCAGAGCUCCAGCUGCAACAAUUUGGGAGAGACGCUCAAACUCAACCCGCUGAGGGACUGCAAUACCAUACGCCUGCGUCUGAAGGAGCUGUUGUUUAGUGUAUGUGCAUUAAAUGUCAUCUCCACCAUCGUGUGCGCUCUUGCCACGGCCAUGUGCUGCAUGCAGAUGGUCUCUACUGAUAUUCUGCAGAUGUUCAUGCCUCACAGGGCGCGGACUCUGAGCGCCGACUGCAUGACCCCUCACGGCACCAUCCUUCACCAGACGCUGGACUUCGACGAGUUCAUCCCGCCCAUCCCCCCUCCGCCGUACUACCCUCCAGAGUACACCUGCACCCCCGUACUGGAGGGACAGAGAGGUCUGCAUCUAGACUUCCCUCACACCCCCUUCAGUGCCAUAUACGGUGUUCCCAUUAACAGCCCGGGAAUCGUGUAUCCGUCCGAGCUGCCUCCCCCGUACGAGUCGGUGGUGGGUCAGACCCCCGCCAGCCAGGCCACCACCAGUUUGGAGCAGCAGGCCAGCGAGUCCAGCGUGUGCGAGAGGAACACGGCGACCGGCCUCAGCACUCAGGCGUCAGUGGACAGCGCGUCCCCGAUGGUGUCCGAAUCAGCAGACGUCCCUGACCAGAGCUGUUCCUCAGAUGAUCUGUGCUCUCUGGAGGUCCAGGGUUCUGAUUUAUCUCCAUACACGACCCUCUGUACCAGCUGCACCAGCCCGGAGCACAGCACUCGCUCUCACGCUCGCUCUCACACUAACCUGGAUCCCAGCGAGUCCUCGAUCACGCAGGACCCCGUCACCCGCUGCCUCGAGAACGUUGUCGCGCCUGAGAGGGACGAGAGCUCCAUAACCACCCAGCUUUCAACUGAGUCAAGAGAGCGAGUCAGUAUGAAGCUAACACUUCCUGUUCCUCCAGUACCCGAAGUCCAGCCUUGUGCCUCCGACUCUGGUGCUUUACCAUCUCCUUCAGGGCGACCGCGGGGCGCCCGGUUAUGCUUCAGCGUCUGGUCACCUUCUUCAACCUCCGUGCCACCUCCCUCCUCUACCUCAGCACGCACACUCCGAGCCAGGCGGUACCGCAAGCUAGCGAGGAUCGUGCGGUCCACCAGCGACCCUAUUUCCUGUAACUCUGUAGAUAGACCUGACAGCUGUGGUUGUAAUUCUACAGCAUUCACGGAGCUUUCAGGCGGUACCGCAUCCCGGUGUGCCAAACACAACGGCCUUGGAUCGAAGAAGCAGAAGGAUUGCGGGAAAGCAGAACUCCGUCUGAAAGGCCGCACGCUGCACCCCGCCUCCAGCGAGCGCCCUCACUCUCUAGCCGACCUCCAGACCUACAAAGACACUAAGAUCCUGGUGGCGCGAUUCCUGGAGCACUCCAGCUGCAGCCUGCCUCCUGAAGUGCAGCAGGUGGUCAACAGCAUCAAGUGCGUCAUCAAAUCGGAUGAGAAGCACAUGGAGGAGGCCAUGUUCAGCGCCAGUAUUCUUGAUCAGGUGAUGUCACACUCGCAGCCAAUCACAAGCAGCUUCCAAAAACACGACGAUCUGCAUCUAAAAAGCUGUGGGGCUCUGAGUUCCCCGUCCUUGCGCCGGUGUAAUAAACCUCGGGUAUCAGGCCAAAUGGAUGCUAGUGGUGACCCGGGUCACGACCUUCCUCAACGACCCAAAAGCCUCAUCAGUGUGUGCAGGGAAACCAUCCUCUGACCUCUGAACUGUGGACCACAGGACUCCUCCCACUCAUAAACUUUCGUGCCAAGGCUCAUCAGCAGGAACAGUAGCACUCAGCUCAGAAUGCAUCAAAUCAUCAAAGAAUAAAACAUUACAUAAAAGAAUGAUCAUUUUCAGGGGUUGUUUUUUUUUAUUAUUAUUUAUUUUGUCUGACAGUCUAAAAUGUUUGCAAGUUUGGCGUUUCGGUUCUGUUAUGGAUUAAAAAAAGGAGACAAUGCUACGUUUUGGAAGGAAAAGAGCGAUGAAUCUGACUCUUAGCAAAACUGUGAUUCUCAUGAGGACAGGAUUUUGUUGUUUGGUGUGAGACUGUGGGAAAAAAAAACCCCUCCACAUUGUUGGAUUACUUAACUUACCUCAGUGUGAUGUUCUUUUCAGUGUUAUGAAUAAAAAAAGAUCGGUUUGUAA